GUUAUUACUUCUACAUCAUGUUUACAAUUGAUCGUAAGUUAAAUAUUCACUGGAAUUUGUGGACGUCAUCAAUCAUCGUUUUGUCAGUUUUACGGGUGGCUAAUGCACACAUCAUACAUGUCGAUCAUAAUGCUUUUCGCCACAACAAUUUUCAUCAACCGCUACCACUGCCCCCAGCAGAGCAACUACCAAGCCAUCUGGACUCCGUAAAUCUGUCACCAGCGAAUCUUAUGGCUGAUCUUAGCAACGCUUUGGCCUAUCGCAUCCUUCAUUAUCAUUCGAUACUCAACAGGAAUAAUUUUGCAUUUUCUCCCACGGCACUGAUGAGUGUGCUUAUAGCAUUGUACGAGGGUUCAGCAGGACGAAGUGCUUUGGAAAUGCGUAACGUACUGUUACUUCCAAAUAGUCGUGACGUCAUACGCAUAGGCUAUCGCGAUAUACAUCGCAAAUUGCGGACUUACUUCUUUGGGUCCGAAAAUCCUCUUAAAGGUCUGAGUCUCAAUAGAGAAAAUGUAACCAUUACUCACGGCUAUGAAGCUAUAUUGAUGUUCUAUGGUUACGAUUUGGGAAUGGAUAUGGUAUCAUCUGCAGUAACAAUGCCAAUCACUACUACAUCAGAGCCCAAAAUAACCGAAAACAAAUCAGUGGUCGCAACCACAGCAAUGCCCGAAGUUAUCACAAUAAAUAUUCCAGAUUUCAACACAGAAAACAGUACUGAAAGGAAUUUGAUAAAAGAGAAUAAUGUCAUUACCUCAGAUCCAGGUCAAACGGCUUCGCCUAGCAUAAUGGCGAUAACUACAGUAACACCUACUGCUGUUGCUGAAAACAAAAUGGGAACUACAACUGAAACCAGUCAAAUUACGACAUCAUCAGAAAAUACUACGAUAGAAGCAACCACAGAAAACCCUGGGUCAUCAACAACUUUUGCAGAAGAGGUAACUAGCGAAACAAAUGAGGAUACCACAGCAGCGAAUCCUACGCCAGGUAAUGAUGUUGCCGAACUAGUGGGUACAUUACCCACCGAAAUCAAUUCAAUGCCCUUUCAGAGGUUACAGAAAUCACGUCCUUUCCAUCAACCAAGCGUCAAACUGCUAGCUCCUUUAUCGUCGAUUGCUAUACCCAAACACAACUAUUUGCCGCAGCAUGCGCAAUUGCGAAGCGGUCGUCAUAAACGACAUUUACUUGCCUUAAAGGAGGACAACAGUAAUCUUUUCGUAACACUUUUCAGUCCGCAACACCAACUACACCGUGAUUUGUAUGCGAUAUCUCAUUCAGGUACUGGAACUACGGAGCGUGGGCAAUUCACAAACAAAUAUGAAGUUGAAACGCUGGACUCGCGACUACUGAAUGUGGCAAACACCAAGAGCAAUUAUGGUUUUAAUACAGAUGUAAUAAGUCACGUAUUCUACUUAGGGAACCAUCAACUUAUUCACACAACAUUCAAAGUUUACAAUGCGGUUUUGUAUUUUAAAUAUUUUGAAGAAUUAAAAAUGAGUGCUCUUGAACUCGAACUGGAUACACCUGAAUAUAAUUUGAUGAUUUUACUACCUGAUGAUCAGAUGGAUUUGGUAGCGGCGACGGCAUCACUUGGAUUGGCCCCAUCCUUGCGAUAUAUAAGAAAACAACUAAAGCCCAGAUGGGUUCAAGCUAUUAUACCAGACUUCAGACUGAAUGGAAUAAUGUUUCUUACCAAUGACCUUCAAAAU